AUGAGCGAUUUCAAAAGUAUCAAGAAUAAACUCUCAUCCCUGAGAGCCAAGAUUAAAUCGGAAAGCACUGCUACAACUACCACUAGUACUUCAUCAGCCACAACAAAAACAACACCAUCACCUGUUGCUGCUGCUACAAGUACUGAAAAGAAGAUAAAGGCUACUGAACCUGUUGCCACACCAUCAACAACAACUCCAGCAACAACCAAAACUGAACAAGCAACAUCAGCUACAACAACAACAACACCAGCAGCUGAUAAGAAGAAGAAUAACAACAAGAAGGCUAAACAACAAAAGCCAAAGGCUAAUAAGAAGGCUGCUUCAACAACAACUCCAUCCGAGGAUAAGAAGGCUACUGAAUCUGUCACUACCACACCAACAACAAAUUCAGAAGAAUCAUCAUCCACAACAACAACAGAAAAGCCAAAGCCUGCUAUUAAAAAGUCAUCAGCCAAACAAAACAAGGAAAAGAAACAAGGAGUGAAGAGAAAACAAGAAGAUGGCUCUGAAGAAUCAUCAGAAACAAAGGAAGCAAAGAAGACUGAUAAGAAGAAGAAUAAGAAUAAGAAAUCAAAGAAGGCUAUCAAGGCUGCAAUUAAAACUUUUGUCUUGAAAUUGGAAAUUGAUAAUACCUUAAUUAAUGAAGAGAAGAUUAAGGAAUGCUUCCCUGAACAAAAUGCAAUUAUUAGAAUGGGACCUAGAAUGAUUCUGAUUCAAUUCCCUACUGAAGAAGUUGCAUUGAAAUAUUUAACAUCUGCAAGUGGACAAGUUGAAAAGAAUAAUAGAACUGUGAUUAAUGGAGAAAAAUUCAAGAUUACCAAACAUACUGUUAAGGAAAUUUUCAAUCCUCGUUGGUAUGAUGUUAAACCACGUGUUACUGAAGGUGUUUCACUUGGUUUGGAACCAGGUCAAAAAGUCAAUGGAAAGUUUGGAGCAUAUUUGGAAUUGCAUUUGAAGGAAAAACUUGGAAAUGAUGUCAAUACUUCAAUUUCUGAUAUGGAAAAGGGAGUCACUGUUUUCUUUGAUGAUAAAACAACAGAACAAAAAUUCAAAUCAAUGCUUCAUAAUGGUGAAUUCAAGGUUCCAGCUGAAUAUAUCAAUGAUAAAAAGAAGAAGGUGAGUUGUUACUUUAAUUCGGAUAAAAAACUUGUGGCAGAGCUUGGCUAUGGCUAUGAAAUUCAAGAUAUUUUCAAAGGAGAAACUUACUACGAUGCCUUUGGAAGGAAAAUAGCGAUUAUCAUCGUUUCACAAUUGAAAUGUAGUUUUCAAAUUUCAAAGCUACAGUACAUGUACUUGAUUAAUGUAGUAGAUUGUGGAAGUAAUGUUGCCAAAAUUACCUACUCUCUCACUCACGCAAAUGCUGAUUUACCCAAAUAUUCAACAUUUUCACAUCCAAUGAUGGCUAUUCCCUUUUCAAAUAAUUAUAUUAACAAUGGUAGACCGGAUGUUACUUUUAAUCUUGCUACCCAAGCACUCACAUAUAGUACUUCAAAAGCAAGUGACCAAACCUCAGUUACUACUGGUGGUGUUAUUGAGUAUGGAACUACUACUUUGGUUGGAAAUCAAGGAUAUACACAAUUUUUUCUGAAUGAAAGCUCAAUUGACUCAUACACAACAACAUUUGAACAACCUACUCCUAAAACAUUGUAUAAUUAUCUAUUAAUCAAACAGAAUAGAGAUGUUGUGGAUGUAACAACCUUUGCAUCUGGGUAUAAUUACAAAUUCUCCUCAUCAUCAGGUUAUUCGAAAACAAUAUAUACUUCAUUUUCAUACAAGUCAGAUUGUUACUACUUGUCAGGAGGUGAUAAAACUCAUCACAAAACACAGGAUUUAACAAUUAGUAUACAGUCAACUGAUUUGGAAAGAUGUCCAUUAUAUGCUUUACAAUACAUUUUUGAUGGGAAUGCUAAAACUAAAACGAGUAGCACGACAUAUGCUGCAUCUUCACUAACAGAUGGUUCAGAAAAGACUGUUACAGUAACUUUGGUUCAACCAACUGGUGGAUACGUUGGUGCGUUCAGAACAACUGUGAGAAUUGGAAUUUUCCCUGCCAUGAUGAGACCAGUUUAUUUCCCUAUUGCACAAACAACUGGACAAAAGCUAACACUUCAAUCCAUUAUCGACAUUCCUAAUCUCACGACCUCUUUAAUUUCAUGUCAAUUGAUUGUUGCAACAGGAACUAAUGAAUAUACUUCAAAUUCAAUUACCUAUGAUUAUACUCCAAAUUCAAUUCAAGUUCAAAAUUACAAAACCUAUUCGAUUAUAUCGGUUUCAAUUACUGUUGGAAAUCCUGGAACUUCUUACAAGAUUAGAGUCAAUUAUAAUGGAGAUACAAAACAUUACAAUGAUUUCCAAAUUUCUCCACAAUCAAAACCAAACCUAUUGGGUAUUUGUAAAGUAUCCACAGUUGAAUCGAACCCAAUAGCCUACGAGACAUUUUUUGGUAUUUAUUGUGAAAAUUAUGCAGAUUUUGACUUUAGAUCAAUGAAAAUUCAAGUAUUGAACGAUCAAUCACAAUCAAUUUUGACCUUAUCCAAUACCAAGUACACUCGUAUUUUUGCGAGAUUACCAAAAUCAGCAACAGGUAAAUCAAAUACUGUCUUGUUUACAUUGACAGAUAGCACAGGAGCUGUAUUUGAGUUUAAGGAUACCUAUAAAGCUUCCAUGUGGAGCGACACUAAUUUGAUUAGUACAGUAGAUUUCUACAUCAAGUCCAAGCAAGUGAGAAACUAUCAAACAGCCAAUAAUAUUGCAAUUUUGUUGGACAUUCUUGCAGAUUAUUGUAAGAGGAAUACAUUAUCUUCUUCUGAGAUGGUUACUGUGAAGGGAAUUGUUCGUUAUGCCAUAAAUGAAACAUUUAACAUUAGAGAUACUUUCCAUCCUAAUGUUUAUCCUGAGGCUACUGAAUUAUUGUUUGGAUUAUUUAGAGAAUCAACUAAUUUGGCGAAUUAUCUAGGAUUUUCAGAGUUUAAUGACAAAUUGAAGGAAAUUCUCUCAUUUAUGACAAGUUAUGUAAGAAAAUCAUCCUUUUCCAGCACUGAUUAUAAUUUCUUGAUAGAUUACAUGUCAAGACUUGUGGAUAAUGGAAAUCAAACAACUACUGAUCCAUCUGCUGUUUCAACUUUGAAGAAAAACAUUGAUGGAUUGACUAAUAUCGCCAGCAAGAAUUCUCCAUUCAAGAGUGAUUAUUUUUCAUAUCAAUCUCAGACCUUCUACUCAUCAGAUGAAAUUGCUUCAAAUCAAGUGAAUUUGGAAAAUAGUUGGGUUAGAGUGUUGUUUGGAUCUGAGGUGGCCAAUUUGGUAAAAUCUCAAUCACAAUACGAUUUGGAAACAAGUUUAUACAAGAAGUAUAUUGUGGAAAAUAAUGUUACACUCCCAGUUAUUGCCUCUAUCAGUUUGAAGAGACAAGAUAGCUCUGUGGUUAAUGUUACUGGAUUACAGACACCAGUAUUAAUAUAUUUCAACAUGGAUCUAAUUAAUUCAACAAUGGCAAAUCAAUAUAGAAACUAUCAAUCGAGAAUUUCAUGUUAUUACUUGAAUGAGUUGACAAGCAAGUGGGCCAAUGAUGGUCUAACAACAGAGAUUAUCACUGAAAAUGGUCAAACUGUUGUCAAGUGUUCUUCCACUCACCUUACUUCAUUCACAAUAUUCUCAGACUUGUUCAAUACUACAGGUAGUAACACAAAUACCCCAUCAACAGAUAGAAAUGGACUAGAUGUUGGGGCAAGGGUAGCCAUUGGCGUUUCAAUUUCAGUAUUCUUCCUCAUUUUGAUAAUUGUGAUUGUAAUUAUUAUCAUUGUAAUUAUAUGUUGUCGUGUGAAAAAAGGCAAAAAUAGUCAGAGCAAUGUUUCUGAUUCUGUCCAGGAAACCAAUCCAAUCACCAAGAGUUAUGUAGAAUUGAAUCCAGUCUCCAACUCUGAUUCUGGUCCAUCAUUGUUUAUUAGUGAUUACAAGUCAGUGAGAGAGCCUUCAUCCUCGAAACAAUACGAUACUACCAGUGGAAGUUCAUUUACCUCAGAGCCAACCAGCUCACUCAUGACUUCAACAAGUGGAAACUCUGUUAUUGGAAAGAAGUAUGAAAUUUUGGAAAAGAUUGGCCAAGGAGCAUUCGGGGCUGUAUUUAGAGCUAAAAAUCUAGCCUAUACUGGAAGAUCUGGAGAAUAUCAAUAUGUUGCCAUUAAAAAGAUUCAGCUUUCUGGCCUCUCUGAAAUGAAUGACAAAUUCAAAGAGGCGGUCAACAUGUUCAAGAUUAGAAAUGAGCAUUUAGUUUGUUUGGAGGAUGCUGUGGUGGACGAAACGACCAUGUCACUCUACUUGGUCAUGCAAUAUUAUUCUCAAGGAGAUUUGGACAAGUUUAUCAAAAGCAAGCAACUCUUAUCUGAGAGCAUUCUGAAACAAAUUAUUGAACAAGUAUGUGAAGGAUUGAAAUAUUUGGAAGAGGAACGUAACAUGCUCCACAGAGAUAUCAAACCUUCCAAUAUUUUCCUAUCCAGCUAUGAUGGAAACAAUAUCAAGACAGUGCUCAGUGAUUUUGGAUUGGCUAAGGAAAAUAACAUGAUGUCAAGUGUUUCAUUCGCUGGAACUCCAUACUACAUGUCUCCACAGGCCUUAAUUGGAACCAAAGAAACAAUCAACAAUGGAGAGGUUUGUAUUGGCAUGAGGAAGGUUCAUGAUUUGGCUAUUCACUUUCCCUAUCAUCCGAGAAGAUUUCUCGAAGAAGAGGAAAGGCUUCGUUCCGAUGAUCAUCCAUUCAAUGAAAAUUAUUUUGAUGAUUGCAAACAGGACAAUGAUUAUGUACAUACUGAUUGUUAUCCGUACCAAUUGGUGAGGCCGUAUGCUUGUAUGUUUGAUGAUUCAUCAUCGAAUGCUUCUCAUGCAGAACAAAAGCAAAUUCAUAAGUUGAUUUCUGAUUGGCAAUAUGGCUAUAGAACAUUGAAUGCCAAGACAAAGAAGAGAAAAGCAGAUAAUGGUGAUGAAAGUGAGAAGAAAACAAAGACUUCAAAGAGUACUGCAACAAAAAGGAAGAGAAAGACAAAGAAGGAAUCAACAGACAGUGCAUCAUCAUCAACUAGUACCCCUGGAGGAAGUAGUAGUGGUACUACUGAUUACAGUUGGAUGAAUGCUAUUGAUUGCACUAAUGUGGAUUCACCUUACUUGUUUGGACUCUCAGAUGAUGCUUGGUAUGAAAUUCUAUCCUAUCUACCUCAUUAUUCAAUUGUGAAGGCCUCACAAUCAUGUAAGGCAUUGUACCUUUAUUCGAAUAGGAGUAUUCUUUGGGAGAAUUUGGCAAGCAAAACUAUUUGUCCUAAUGCAAAACAAGUCCAACAGGAAUACUUUCCAACUCUUACUGAUGACUUUAAAAAGGUUUUCAGAUUAUUGUACAAUAAUUGUUGUGUAAUUUGUGGAGAUUAUAUCAGAAAAGGUGAAGACCUAGAUAAUAGAAAGAGUUUGUACAGAUCAAAAGGUGGUAUUAUUGUAGAAUCUAAUCCAUUUUAUUAUAAUUUUAUGAUUGAUCAGUGUCAUUGCUCAACAUGUUCAGAAUCACCACUCAUCAAUACCUUUACAAGAACAAAUGCCAAGACGCUUUAUAGGGUUACAGAUACUGAACUAGGGUGUACUAGAAAUUUUGCAAAGCCUAACCCUUAUUCUCCAUCUGUUGCUAUGGGAAUAUUCCUAGAGUUACAAGUUAAAAUAUUUCAUUUACAGAAAGUGGAAGAAGAAUUGAGGAAAAAUUUCAAAAAAUCAAAAACACAUCCAAAAUCAGAUUAUUUAAAAAUUAUUGACAAGGCAAAACGAGGAGAUUAUGGAAAGGAUUGUAAAUUAUAUAUUUUCUUAAAUGAUUCGAAUAAGAAGAUUUGUAAAGAUAAGGCUAUUUAUACUUAUAUUGAUGAAUUGAGUCCAUAA